AUGGAGGACAGUUUCGACACCAGAUCAUCAUCAUCUACCUUCACUCUUCCGAGUUCUUCAGAGACAAGGCUUUCGAUUCAGCUCUUGCAGUUCAGAACAAGUUUACUUGAAGCACUAGAAGAGCUGCGUAUGAGAAGGGAAACAGAGACUAAAUAUGAGGAGCAGAUUGCUAAAAUUAUUACGGAGAUACAGGAACUGAAAUGGCAAAAGGAGACUCUUCAGAAUCAAAAGGAGUCAUUAAUAAAGCAACACAAAGAAGCAAUGGGAAUGUUUAAAAAUCAGCUACAAAUGAAGAUGUAUGCCUUGGAAGAAGAAAAGGGAAAAUACAAACUUGCUACAGAAAUCAAAGAAAAAGAAAUAGAAGGAUUGAAGGAAACAUUAAAAACAUUGCAGGUUUCUCAAUAUUCUUUACAGAAGAAAGUGGGUGAAAUGGAACAAAAGGCUCAUUUACACCAUCUAGCUAAAGAAGAUUAUCACAAGCAACUGAAUGAAAUUGAAAAAUCUUAUGCUACAGUAACAAAUCAGUUUGGAUUGGUGAGAGAGAAUCAUGUAAAGUUAGAACAAAAUGUACAAGAAGCAAUACAGUUAAACAAAAGACUCUCCUCCUUAAAUGAAAAACAAGAAUCUGAAAUACAGACUUUAAAGAAGGAACUAAAAAAAGCAGCAUCAGAGUUGAUUAAGUGCAAGGUCAUAUGUCAGCAUAAGAUGGAAGAAGAAAGUAUAGAUUUGAUAAUUAAAGAACAAAAAUGUAAAGAGCUUCAAGAAAGACUCAACAUGGAAUUGGAAUUAAAUAGGAAAAUUAAUGAAGAGAUUACCCAUAUUCAAGAAGAAAAACAGGAUAUCAUCGUUUCUUUUCAACAUAUGCAACAAUUACUUCAGCAACAAACUCAAGCCAAUACUGAAAUCAUUGCAGAAUUGAAGGUUCUAAGAGAAAAUAAUCAGACCCUUGAAAGAGAUAAUGAGCUGCAAAGGGAGAAGGUAAAAGAAAAUGAAGAAAAGUUCCUUAAUCUUCAGAAUGAGCAUGAGAGAGCGCUAGGAACUUGGAAGAGACAUGUUGAAGAACUUAGUGAAGAAAUGAAUGAGAUUAAAAAUGAGUUGUCCUCACUUAAGGAAGUUCAUGUUAAGUUGCAAGAACAUUACAACAAAUUAUGUAAUCAGAAAAAAAUUGGGGAGUGCAAGAAGUUUCAGAAUGUUCCAGAACUAAAUAAUAAAAAUAGUGAUGAACUAUCCAGUAAAAAAUCAGGAAAUACCAUCACACAAAAGUACAAUUCUGGUCAGGAAGUACGGGGGGAAAAUACAAAGAAUUUGUGUUUGGAUAAUGAAUGCAGAGAAAAGGAAGGAAAGAAAGACGGACCUGUAGCAAGAACGGUGGAAGAUUUAUGGCCUUUUGAAAUAAGUGCCAAAAGUGAAAUUAAGACUGUUGUAUCUCAGGAUGGAAACCAAAGUGAAAUGUCACCAGGCAAAGCCCUUUGCCUAGAUAAAGAUUUAACUGAUCAAGAACAAACCUCAAAUGUUACUGAAAGUAGAAAAUCAAUCACUGUAGAAGUAAAAGACAAGGUGUGCUUGGAAAAAGCCAGUAGAUACCCAGAAUUUAAAUCGCUGAGCAAUUUCUUUUUAGUGAUGGACGAAUCACUAGAAACAGAAAAGAUACGCCAAGAAGGAACAGAAGGAUUAGGAUGUCUCCACAGUGAUGUAGGUUUUCCUCCGGACACUCACAGUAACAAAGUGUCUCUUAGUGGCACUUGUAAUAGGAUGGCCCACAAAAGAAACUAUAGCACAGAUGUUUCUGAAAGCAAGGCAUUCCAACAGCAAUCCACAUUGCUUCCAGAGCUGGAAAAUGCUACAGAGAAGGAAAUCACACAUCAUGACCAAACCAAAGCAGGUUUUGAUUCGUUUCUAGAUAUAAAACUAAAUCUUGAUCAGUGUAAGAAACAUGGCUUAAAGGAGUCAAGUAAUGUUAUGUUAGACGUUAAGUACCAAAAAACAAAACAAACGUUAAGUGAAGAGAACGAGAGCAGCAUAGUACCCUUUCCAUGUGGUCAGCAAGCCAGGAAGGCUCCCCAGAAGCCUGAAGCAAUGGCUGCCAGUGCUGGGGCGAUCAGUCCACCCAGUCCAUCUGCUGUCUCUGCCGAUAAUUUGACAGUACUUAAGAACUCAGAAAACAGCAUCAGUACUAUGCUGACAUUGGUGAAACCUGCCUCAAGCCCUGCAGAGAGAACUAUAAGGAAAAAUAUAAAUGACAUACAGAACAGUCCCCUUAAGAACCAUUUGGGAGCUUCAGAGAACAGUGUGAAUAUCUCAAAAUUUCAGGUAAACCAAAUGGACAGUCAUGCUUCACAAGCCAAAGAUUUUAAAACUGCAGUUCCCAUGACAACUUCCACAGAAAAACAGCUUUCCAGUGAGAAUCAGAUAACUGAAACCCCCAAAAGUAGUCUCUUUUCCUUGGUGGAUGUUAAAGAGAGACAGUGCAUGUUGCUAAAUCAUAGAGAGAAAACAGAGGCAUUAAAUGACACCCUGUCAGAAGGAACAGGUCUGUGUUCCAGUGAAGGCCAGUUGGAAGACUCAUAUUUGUCUCAUGUAACACCAUCUGUAGACUCAGUAAACACAAAUGCAAGGUCGGCCUUUGAUCUUCCCACUCCAGAUAAACCUGAGAAAUCUCCAGGAUACAUGAAGUUUGUAGCCCCUAGUCCUUGGUCAAAUAUAAAUCAAAUUAAAACACUGGGCACUAUAACUUCCAGCAUUCCUUUAUUGCUGAAGGAGAGACCAGUAGGUCUGCCAGAAGACAAGGAGAUUAUGCCAAUGACUUUUUGUAAAAAUCUUUGUUUGGAUGACGCUAGAAAAAAUAUUGAGCCAGAUUCUGCCAGCAUUAGCAGAGUUGCUGCCACUGUGAGUAACUGGAGUGUCCAUCCAGAUCCCCAGGGACAGCCCAGUGAAGAGAGGAAUGCAACUGCGAAGUCGUUUUAUGAGUCUUCUUUUCCCAGUGAACAUGUGAAAGCAGAGCCUUUGAUUUCAACUGUGCAACAAAGCCAUUCCCAGACAAUCAAGGUCACAGACACUCCUGAUCCACUUGUCUUUUCUCCUGGUGACAAUGACUGGCAGAGCCUUAUGAUAAACCGACUAACCGAAAUUGAGAAGUUACUAAGCUUAGAAAGUGACAGCCAGCCCAAAAAAAGAAAAGUAGAAGAGACGCUGGAAAAAAUAACUGAUUAAAUGUUGAUAAAUGCUUUCAUUAGUGAAACUGAUGUAUUGGGGUGAAGGGUGUUCAUCUGAGCACUAUAGCCGUCUUCACUUCGCCAGCUUUUUUCUACUAUGGUGAAGACUGC